AUGGGAAACCUCUGCGGAAAGGAAUCCAAGUCCGACAACUUCGCCGGUCCCGGCCGCGCCCUAGGCUCCGCUCCCGCGCCCUCGAACAACGCAACUGCUUCCAUACCUGCCACGAAGAAGAGCGCACUGCAAGGCAACGGCAGGACCUUAGGCGGCCCCGAGGCAACUGGUGGAGACGACCCUCGCAGCGCCGCCGCAAAAGCUGCUGAAGCACGAGCCGCGAACAACCAAGCCAAGACGACGAGGAACCAGAAGCUUACCAACCGCGCAGCAUUGGAGGAAGCCAGCUACGCCGAGCGGAGGCAUCGCGACGCAGACGACAUGGCCAAUGCAAGGGCUUGGAAUUGA